AUGCUUGUGGACAAGAUUCACCCAGUGACUUUCGCUGCCUACGAGUCACGUGCAUACACCGACUCCCGAGCCGCGCCGUGCUGUGCCGCUCCUUCGCCGUCACGACGACAGCCCAUCCUCAUCCUCGACGACGGCGACGAGCCUUUUCAUCGUCAACCAUCCGCAGACGACAUCGACGCCCCAAAAAGACCACAGCGCAGGCGCGAAUAUCGACCGCUGUUGCAGUCGUCGCUGCCGACUUUGAAGCCUGUGAACACGACGUCGUCUCGAACGACAUUCCUGCAGUUCUCUUACACGUUUGGCCCCCUUGCAGCACGGAUUUGUUGCAUUCCGAGUUUCGAAUAUCUCGCCUAG